AUGGUUGUUUUCUUCAAGGAGCCUUUAUUAUUGAAGUCACUUUGCGUCAGUCCCAGCAGCAUCUGCAGCUCCAUGACCCGCGUGGAAAAGGAAGCGUCAGAGGAAGAGGCGGGUUUUACUGGGUGUUUCCAGAAACAACUGAAAAAUGUCCAAACAGUGAGAACCACCAUGAAGGAAACAUCUGUCCACUCUCUCCUCUGUUUUAUAAUGAUCUACACAGCAAACAAAGUUGCUGCUCUGACUGUGAAUCCCAGCAGAUCUCAGUUCUUUGUGAGAGAAUCAGUGAUUCUGACCUGUGAGGAUGAAAACAGACCUGAUGGAUGGACUGUGUGGAGAAACACAACCAGAGGAACCAUGAAGAGAUGUGAAGAUGGAUGGGGGAAAUUAAAUGGUUCUACCUGUAAAAUCAGUUACUUGUUCACACAUGAUACUGGUGUGUACUGGUGUGAGUCCAGGUCUGGAUCCUCCAGCAGCAGCAGCAUCCAGCUCUCUGUCUCUGGUGGAUCAGUGAUCCUGCAGAGUCCUGUCCUCCCUGUGAUGGAGGGAGAUGACGUCACUCUGAGCUGCAGAUCAAGGAAUCCAACCCACAACCUCCCAGCUGCUUUCUAUAAAGAUGGCUCCUUCAUUGGUGAUGGAUCAUCAGGUCACAUGACCCUCCUCCAUGUUUCCAGCUCUGAUGAAGGCCUCUAUAAAUGUAACAUCAGAGGUCAUGGAGAGUCUCCAUCCAGCAGGAUCUCUGUCAAAGAGAGAAUCUCCUCCACUCCUCCUUCAUCAUCCUCCACUCCUCUGACCAUCACAUCCACUCCUCCUCCUUCCUCCAUCCCUCCUUCCUCCAUCCCCCCAUCCUCCACUCCUCUAUCCAUCACCUCCAUCCCUCCAUCCUCUCCUCCUCCUGGUUCAUCUUUUCCCACCAUCACAGUCGUUGUUUCCAUUUUUAUUUUUAUCUUCCUGGUUUUUCUCUCAUUGAUUCUUCUGGUUCUUCUGGUGAGACGAUGUUCCUGCAGGAAACCUGAAGAUGAAGGAAAAGAUGAAAAGGAAAUCACCUACAGUGAACUGAAGACCUUCAGGAAUCAGCAGCAGCCAAUCAGAAGCAGUCCAGAUCCAGCUCUGGUUUACUCUGCAGUGAGAACUGGAAACCUCAGAGAGACUGGAAACCAGCAGAGGAGCAGAGAGAUCCAUCCGGGUCCAGUUUACUCUGCAGUGAGGACAGCAAACAUCAGACCCAACAGAACCAGAGAACCAGAACCAGAACCAGACGUGGUUUACUCUGCAGUCAGACCGGCUGCUGGUCCAUAACGGAUCAUCAACAUCAGGCUGUUUGUUCUGUCAAGUAUUUCUAUAAGAGAGGAAUAUUAAUGUGUUAUUAUUAUUAAAACAUAUUGUAACUUUAUAAUCAUUUCAUAAACAAACAGCUAAGAGACAAAAACAUUUCUGUUGAUUUGACAGGAUUUAUUUUCUUAUGGUUCAUAAAUAUAAUUACUAAUAAAACUGAAAUAUUGAGCUUCUGUUUCCAUCAUCAUUAUUAUUGAUAUUUAUCUAUAAAAUCUGCCUCCUUGUUCUUAUUGUUGGUUUAAGGUUAAAUAAAGUUUGUUCCAGUCGAUGUUUUGUGGUUCUGAUGAUCCGGUGGAAAAUGGAGCGAUGUUCUGAUGUGGAUCUUUCUCAGGGUCAGCAGCUUCAGUAUGGAGGCCCAGGAAUCCCAAGGCGUUCCCAGGAAUCCCAAGGCGUUCCCAGGAAUCCCAAGGCGUUCCCAGGAAUCCCAAGGCGUUCCCAGGAAUCCAAAGGCGUUCCCAGGCGAGCAGAGCGACAUCGUCCCUCCAGAGUGUCCUGGGUUUCCCCUCCUCCUGGUGGGACAUGAACUCCUCACCAGGGAGGCGUCCAGGAGGCAUCCUGACCAGAUGCUCCUCAACUGGCC